UAUGCUGAAAAGUUUAGUGUUUGUGGGGUUUCCUUUGUUUGCCCUCUUUCAUAUGAGCCAUGCUGCCUGCUGGAUAAAAAUAGUGGAACCAGAUGCCACUCACUGUCAGGAUGAUGUGGAUAACACCCAGCAUCGGUUUGGAUCCAAAUGGAAGAACAGCAGGUGUGACGAGUGCUCAUGCACCUCCAAGGCCCUUCGUUGCUGUAAUGGGUGGCCAACAGGCACAUCUGGAGACUGCAUCAUUAAACAUGAUUACAAAACCUGUACUUUUAAAGUGAUAGAUCAAAAAAAUCCACAUGCUCCAUGUGGCUUGGUUGGAAAGUAA